CAGCGGCGGACACAGCAGCGGCUGCGGCGGCGGUGCUGACACCUCCCACCAUGGACAGCUUCGACUUAGCCCUGCUCCAGGAAUGGGACCUCGAGUCGCUGUGUGUCUAUGAACCAGAUAGGAGUGCGUUGCGGAGGAAGGAGCGAGAAAGAAGAAGCCAGGAAGUACAGCAGGACAGUGGCGGCUUUAACUCCAGUUACUCUCUCUUCAGUGAACCCUACAAGACUAACAAGGGGGAUGAACUCUCCAAUCGGAUCCAGAACACAUUAGGAAAUUACGACGAAAUGAAAGACUUUUUAACCGACAGAUCCAACCAGAGUCAUCUUGUCGGCGUCCCCAAGCCGGGUGUUCCUCAGACUCCUGUGAACAAGGUAGAUGAGCAUUUUGUGGCUGAGUCAAGAGCCCAGACCCAGCCCUCCUCUGUCUGUAGCACUGCAUCUUCUACAUCUGCAGCUGUCCCCGUGCAGCAGAGUAAGAGGGGCACCAUGGGCUGGCAGAAGACCGGGCAUCCACCAUCUGAUGGCCCACAGAGAUCAGCACAACAGGGCUCUCUCAGGACCUUGCUUGGAGAUGGCGUUGGCAGACAGCAGACAAGGACCAAGCAAGUGUGCAAUGUGGAGGCGGGGCUUCCAAGCCAGGAGAGACCACCUGCCAUGGCAGCCAAGCACAGCAGCAGCGGACACUGUGUUCAGAACUUCCCUCCAUCCCUGGCUUCAAAACCCAGCCUGGUCCAGCAGAAACCUACAGCAUAUGUGAGACCAAUGGAUGGCCAAGACCAGGCUCCUGAUGAAUCUCCUAAGCUUAAGUCAUCCACAGAAACUGCUGUGCACUGUGCGUCCUACCGAGGGGUUCCAGCCAACAAGCCAGAGUCAGCCAGAGCCAAGGCCAAGCUCGCUAAGUUCAACAUCCCCAAGCAAGGAGAGGAGAGUAGAUCUGGAGAAAGCAACAGCUGUGUGGAAGAAAUAAUUCGGGAGAUGACCUGGCUUCCUCCACUUUCUGCUAUUCAAGCUCCUGGCAAAGUGGAACCAAGCAAGUUUCCAUUCCCAAAUAAGGACUCUCAACUUGUAUCCUCUGGUCACAAUAAUCCAAAGAAAGCUGAUGCGGAGCCAGAGAGUCCAGACAAUGGCACAUCGAAUACAUCAAUGCUAGAAGAUGACCUUAAGCUAAGUAGUGAUGACGAAGAGAGUGAACAGCAGGCAGCCCAGAGAACAGCUCUCCGCACUCUACCUGACAGCUCCGUGGUCCAGCAGACCAACUGCAGAGGUUCCGUGCCAUCCAGCAAGGGCAGCAGCAGCGGCAGCGGCAGCAGCAGCAGCUCUUCCAGCGACUCCGAAAGCAGCUCCGGAUCCGACUCGGAGACCGAGAGCAGCUCCAGUGAGAGCGAAGGCAGCAAGCCUCCACACUGCUCCAGCCCCGAGGCCGAACCUGCGUCCUCUAACAAGUGGCAGCUGGAUAAAUGGCUAAACAAAGUUAAUCCUCACAAGCCGCCUAUUCUGAUCCAAAAUGAAAGUCACGGCCCUGAAAGGAAUCAAUACUACACGCCGGUGAAAGAUGAAGGGCAGGACUGCGGGAAACUUCCCGAGAUCUGCCAAGCCAGCCUGAGAGACAAGGACCUCAAGACUGCCUGUAAGGAGCAGCAGCAGCAGCAGCAGCAGCAGCAGCAGCGGCCUAGGACGGCAAACAAGGCCCCUGGCAGCAGAAGUGUGAAGCAAAAGUCCCCACCCGCCGCCGCCGCCGCUGCCGCCGCCGCCGCAGUGGCUGUGACCCCAGCUGCCCCGCCACCUCCAGUGCCCAGCGCACCCACGGAGAGCGCACCCGCGCCCACCCGGAGAUCAGCGGGCAAGAAGCCCACCCGGCGCACGGAGAGAACCUCGGCGGGGGACGGUGCCAACUGCCACAGGCCGGAGGAGCCCGUGGCCACAGACACGCUGGGGUCUAGUGUGGUGGGACCCCCAGAGCCUCCCAAAACCAGGCCCUGCGGUAACAGCAGGACAAGCCACCGCAAGGAGCUGCGCUCCUCGGUGACCUGUGAGAAAAGGCGCACGCGGGGGCUGAGCAGAAUCGUCCCCAAAUCCAAGGAGUUCAUUGAGACAGAAUCUUCCUCUUCCUCUUCCUCCUCGGACUCGGACCUGGAGUCGGAGCAAGAGGAGUACGUCCUGUCCAAGGCUCAGACCACCGCUGGGAACGAGCCCCGGCUGAAGGCCGAGGCCGCCAGCAGCAGCAGCAGCAGCAGCAACAGCAACAGCAACAGCAGCACCUCCCGGGCCCCUGUGGGCUCCAUCAACGCCAGGACCACCAGUGACAUUGCCAAGGAGCUAGAGGAACAGUUCUACACGCUGGUUCCUUUUGGCCGCAAUGAACUGCUUUCUCCGCUCAAGGACAGUGAUGAGGUCAGGUCUCUCUGGGUCAAAAUUGACCUGACCCUCCUGUCCCGGAUCCCAGAACACCUGUCCCAGGAGCCUGGGAUCUUGAGUGCUCCUGCAGCCAAGGACACUGAUAGUGCCCCAGCCAGCCAUGCGUUAGACACGCCUGCUGAAAAGACUUUGCCAAAAUCCAAGAGGAAACGCAAGUGUGACAACGAAGAUGACUACAGGGAGAUGAAGAAGGCCCAAGGAGAGAAGGAGGGCGCUUCACGCCUGGCCGCCUCCACUCAUAACGCCUUGUCUGGGAGCCACUGUAACAUGAACAUCAACAGCUUGGCAAUACCAAUCAACAAAAAUGAGAAAAUGCUCCGGUCACCCACUUCGCCACUCUCGGAUGCGUGUAAACACAAAUACUCCGGCGAGGACCUGACUUCUUCCAGCCGCCCUCAUGGCAAUGGGAUGUUGACUUCUGCCUCCACCAACAAAAAGCCUAAGGCUGACAGCCAGCUGCAGCCACAUGCUGGAGACCUCACGAAAGCAGCUCACAACAGUUCCGAAAAUGGCAUGCUCCAUACCAAGUCACGGCCACAGACUGAGCCAUGGUCUCCAGGUUCCAAUGGCCACAGGGACUGCAAGAGACAGAAACUGAUCUUCGAUGACAUGCCUCGGAGUGCAGAUUAUUUUAUGCAAGAAGCUAAGCGGAUGAAGCAUAAAGCAGAUGCGAUGGUGGAGAAGUUUGGGAAGGCCUUGAACUAUGCCGAAGCAGCCUUGUCCUUCAUUGAGUGUGGAAAUGCCAUGGAGCAAGGCCCAAUGGAAUCCAAGUCUCCAUACACCAUGUACUCCGAGACGGUGGAGCUCAUCAGGUACGCUAUGAGACUAAAAACCCACUCAGGCCCCAACGCCACACCCGAGGACAAACAACUGGCCGCGCUUUGUUACCGAUGCCUGGCUCUUCUAUACUGGCGGAUGUUUCGACUCAAAAGGGACCACGCUGUGAAGUACUCGAAAGCACUUAUCGACUAUUUCAAGAAUUCAUCGAAAGCUGCCCAAGCCCCGUCCCCGUGGGGGUCCAGUGGCAAGAGCACUGGAAGCCCAUCCCCCAUGUCUCCCACCCCUUCUCCCACCAGCUCCGUGGGGUCUCAGGGCAGCCUCUCCAGCUCCAACGCCCUGUCCCCGUCAGCCAUCGUCAGCAUCCCUCAGCGUAUUCACCAGAUGGCGGCCAAUCACGUCAGCAUCACCAACAGCAUCCUCCACAGCUAUGACUACUGGGAGAUGGCUGACAACCUGGCCAAGGAAAACAGAGAGUUCUUCAAUGACCUGGAUCUGCUCAUGGGACCUGUCACCUUGCACAGCAGCAUGGAACACCUGGUGCAGUACUCCCAGCAAGGCCUGCACUGGCUGCGGAGCAGCGCACACCUGUCCUAGGGACCGAGCCCUUGAGCCGGACUGCGCCUCUCCUCAGUGGCUCAAUGUUUCUGGACACUGUGCUACUGACCUCCCUAGUCCACAGCAUUUCCCAAACCUCGGUGAACAUUUCCUCAGAAUCCAACAAUGAUCGUUUUCUGGGGCGUGUGUGUUUAGGUGUGGGUUCGUACGAAGCUUUCUCUGUGUCUCUCUGUGUG